UAUCUUAUAUACAAAGACUAAACUAUAAGCUCAUCAUCAUCUCUCAAGAAAAACAGAGGAAGAGAAAAGAUAUGGCUAUCUUUCUCUGUGUAUCAUUGCUUCUUGCUUUUGUUGUGUCACUAAUCUUUUACAUAAGAAAGAUUAGAGAAAACCCAAAAUGGAAUCUUCCUCCGGGUCCUCCAAGUCUUCCCAUCAUCGGAAACUUACACCAAUUCGCAGGAUUGCCUCACCGAUGCUUUCAUCAUCUCUCCAUUAAAUACGGACCUGUGUUGUUUCUUCGCAUAGGGUUAGUUCCAACGGUUGUGAUCUCCUCAAGUGAAGCAGCUGAAGAAGUUCUCAAAACUCAUGACCUUAGAUGCUGCAACCGACCAAGAACGGUCACCACGGAUUUACUCUCCUACUGUUCUAAGGACAUCAGCUUUGCGCAGUACGGCGAGUACUGGCGAGAGAUGCGAAAGCUCGCUGUUAUCGAGCUUUUCAGCCUUAAAAAGGUUCAAUCAUUUAGGAAUAUCAGAGAGGAAGAAGUGGACUUCAUGGUAAAGAAACUGUUCCAAUCAGCUUCCAAGCAAUCUCCUGUGGAUCUAAGCAAAGCUUUUUUCUCUCUAACCGCAAGCAUCAUUUGUAGAGUAGCCUUGGGACAGAACUUCAACGAGAGUGAUUUCGUAAUCGAUCAAGAGAGAAUAGAAGAACUUGUGAGUGAUGCCUUGUUUGUUCUAGGUAGUUUCACUUUCUCUGAUUUGUUACCUGGUAGAAUUGGGAGAUUCCUAGAUUGGUUGUUUGGAAGACACAAGAAGGCAAACAAAGUGUUUGAAGAGCUUGAUGCUUUUUACCAACAUGUGAUUGAUGAUCACUUAGCAGGAAGUAAAAAAACAGUGGAUUCUACUGCGGAUAUUGUUGCUCUCUUGUUGGAUAUGAUGGAUAAACAAGGAAAAAAUGAUUAUUUCAAGUUCAACAUUGAUAAUAUCAAGGCAAUCCUCAUGGAUGUAUUUCUGGCGGGGGUAGAUACAGGCGCAAUAACCAUGAUUUGGGCAAUGACAGAGCUUGCUAGAAACCCUAGAGUGAUGAAAAAAGCACAAGAAGAGAUCCGAAACACCCUCGGGCUCAAAAGGGAUAGAAUCACUGAAGAAGACAUUGACAAAGUUGAUUACUUGAAGCUCAUAAUCAAGGAAACAUUUAGAUUGCACCCAGCACUUCCUCUUUUGCUCCCAAGAGAAACAAUGUCUCACGUCAAGAUCCAAGGCUACGAUAUUCCUCCAAAAACGCAAAUCCAACUUAACGUAUGGACGAUCGGACGUGACCCCGAGCGCUGGACCGAUCCUGAAGAUUUUAUUCCUGAGCGGUUUACUAAUAGUUGCGUAGAUUUCAGGGGACAACACUUUGACCUCUUACCGUUUGGUUCUGGUAGAAGGAUUUGUCCUGGGAUACCAUUGGCGAUUGCUUCCGUGGAACUAGUGCUGUUGAAUUUGCUUUACUUCUUUGAUUGGAGAUUGCCUGAAGGAAUGAUAAGUGAAGACGACAUUGAUAUGGGAGAAGCUGGUAAUCUCACCAUUGUCAAGAAAUUACCUCUUCAACUUGUGCCUGUUCAACACCAUUGAUGAGACAUCACAAAAGUUUGAUGCAUUUCUCCACUGGUUAGUAUAUAUAUAUCUAUCGGUUCUUUUGUGUAUUUAUAGUCUUCAUUGAAAGUGUACGAUUCUAAAAGCUAAGACUUCCUAUGAAAUAUAUAUAUAUAUAUAUAUAUAUAUAUGUAUAUCAAUGUAUCAAGAUUCAAGAAAUAAUGUAUAAUUAAUGAAUAAUGAAAUACAAAUGUAUUGAGAAA